UACCGCCUUCAUCAACUGUGAUGACUCCGAAGAAAAGUUGAGGUGAGGUGAAAUGGCGUUUAACGUUGCGUCCAAGAUUAAUUUGUGAGUGUGUGCUUGUGUGCGUGCGUGCCGAUGCCGAUGCCAAGCACAACCGAGAGAUAAACCCACAGAGUAUGUAUAGUGCAGGACGCCACAGCCGAAGUCAAGUUUUUGAAUAACAGGAACAAUGAAGGUGGCAUGUCCACACUUCCUCCAAACAACACCAGUGAGGCGGCUUGGGCAGCCAAUAAGAGCACAACUUACAGGGAUUCCCUAUCCUCCUGUGUGGAUGGAAUAGACGCACAUGUCAAACAACCAGUGAGGGAAAAAAAUUGACGUGGCAAGGUUGUCAAUCUAGGCACCCUACUACCAAGCACCAGAGAGAGCCACGGGGAUGGCAUACGAUUCUUCAGGUAAGAUAAUUUUUAAACCCAGCAACCCAAAUGCCUGUCCCUGGCAAGCUGGACCUCAGCUUUCCACAUUUUAAUGUAUAUACAUGAAGUCCUCACAAUGCAGGGGUGGCUAUCCUACAUGGAAACCAUUAGGACGGCGGCGCUCAGAUUUGGACACAGAAUGUUAAGGGAAUACUCAUGCCGCUGGGACGACAUUGACGGGGAGCUGUGGCAGAAGUACAUGGUCACACGGCCGGUAUGACAACUGGAGUGAGGCAGACAGGGUGCAACGACAUCGCAAAGUAGGGUAUGCUGGGACUUAAUUUGCAGGCACAACUGCAAGUACCCUCACAAAUGUGGUAAGUGUGAAAGAAAUUCUCAUGGCACUAGUACCUGCUUUCAAGGAAUGGGGUCCAGCAGACCCCAUACAAGCCUAACCAAUCUUUCCUGGACAAAAACCCAGUUGUCAGGAAAGAUAAAUUCAAUGGCUCAUACCCCUGUGGAUCUCAAUGAAAUAGCACCCUGGUUACACCAAUAUGCUAAGUGUAGGAUCAAAACUGCGCCCGAGGUUUUGUUUGGGAAGUAUGCCCGCGGAGGAGUGAAAGGGGGCAGGGCCGAUAGGCCCGACCCCCUUUCCCGAGGCCAAGGGCAUACUUCCCAAACAAAACCGAGGGCAAGUUUUUGAUCUCACUUAUGAACUGAUCAAAUAAUAUGAAUUAGAAAUAAUUUUACUAAUUGGUAUUAACAUGACUUCAUUGAUAUUUACUGUUGAGAGUUUAACUGCAAUACGCGGGGAGUACAUCCGCGCGCUGCACGUGAUGCACGUGCUUCAGGCCCGUUGUAACAAUGAGCGCACGUGGUUCAAGCAAGUCGAAUGAAUUCCACUGAAGAGGAUGGACGCGGACAACAACCUAUAUUUCUGACGCAGUCAGUUUUUAAAGAAUCGGCAUCCUGUGCUGAAGAAGACAAGAAAAGUGAUGACUUUAAAUUCCGUUUAGGAGAUCCACUCUCCGAGCGUGAAAUAACCUUACAAGUUACCGUCAAAAGACUGUGCAAGACGUCCGGUAUUGAGGGCAUGAAGAUAAACCAUUCCUUGAGAGCCACGGCUGCCACUCGAUUGUAUCAAGGUGACGUCGAUGAACAAAUGAUUUGCGAAAUUACCGGACAUCGGAGCGACGCCGUUCGAAAUUACAAGAGAACUUCUGACAACCAAAAGGCAACGGUCUCUGACAUACUUAGUAUGUUGAAAAAAAUGAACUCGCCAUCACGUGAAGAAGCUGAUCCGAAAAGAGCAGAUGACCAAUGACCUGAAGACAAACUAAAUCGAACUGUGACGCUCAAUUUCAAUUUCAUCUAAUAUCAAUAAAUAGUUGAGCCAU